GUCAUCAGUCCGUCUAGCAGCAGCAUGGCAGUAACAACACUGUGCGUCGUCAUCGCCGCUCUGAGAGUCCUUCCCAACAGAUCCCAGUUCUUCCAGUACGAGUCGGUCACGCUGAGCUGUGGGCCGCUGGGAGGCUCUUCUGGCUGGAGAGUCAAGAGGAACACGUCCACAAACAUUAACCAAGAGGGUUUCUCACCCUGUCAUAGAACAAACACAACUCCCUGCGUCAUCAGUGAACUGUACCCGUUGGACACCGGCGUGUACUGGUGUGAGUCUGCAGCCGGAGAAUGCAGCAACGCCGUCAACAUCACUGUGAUCGGCGCUGGUUCUGUGGUCCUGGAGAGUCCAGUCCUUCCUGUGAGGGACGGAGACACUGUGACUCUGCGCUGCAGAACCAAGACGACCUCCUCCUCCAACCUCACGGCUGACUUCUAUAAAGAUGGCCGCCUCAUCAGGAGCAGCUCCACAGAAAACCUGACCCUCCAUAGGGUUUCAGCUUCAGACCAAGGACUCUACAAGUGCAACGUCUCUGGAUCUGGAGAAUCCCCCGACGGCUGGCUGGCUGUCAGAGGGCAUCCUGGACCGCCUGAGUCCCUCUUCACACGCGUUCUACUUCCUGUGGUGGGCCUGGCGCUGGUGGUGCUGGUCUCGGUGGCGCUGCUCUGCCUGUGGGGAAGACGCAAAGGUAAAGUGGAGCGUGAUGCCUCGUAUACCGACGUCACCGUCACACAGGAAGUACAGAACAACAAGAUCAAAGACGUGGGGGACCCUGCGGAGACCUUCUACUCGACUCUCCAGCCGGUGAAACCCCAGACAGGAAACAUCAACGGGCUCACUCCCAGCGGGUCUCAAAGCGUCUCCGGGUCAGGGUCCUCUGGGGUCUGGUACUGACGCUCAGAGUCUCCGAAGUCAGGAGGCUUUCAACGUGUGGAAAUGUAUAUUUUAUGAUUGAUGUCCAUUGUGCUUUACUUUAAUUACAAAGGUAAUUAAAG